UGCAUAUCGGUGGACCGCUCAGGACAGACACUAGCAACCAGUGCUCGCGAGGACUUACCCAAACUACACCGCCUGCUUAGUGCGUGUUCCGUGUAUUACUACGUACAUCUUAUCCAAAAAAGCGUUAUAACUCGAGUGAGAUUAAGUCGCGUUUAGCGUUUCCUCGUGUAUGUGCGUGUGUGUUUAUGUGUUUAGUGUAAAACGAAUUUGUGCAAAGUUGAAAUUGUACGGAUUAGUUCUUGUUCUCGGUUUGCCAAAUUAAAAAAAUGAAAAGAAUGGUUUGAUAAGCGUGAAGCGAUUGUUUGCCUAAAGAUAAUAAACAAAAACAAACAUCAAUAGUGGUAUUUUUCUGAACAAAAAAUAAUCCAGCUUUAUUGAACGUUUUGAUUGUGGCCGUUUUGACGUAACACGAAAGAGUUUGGCUUUUCUGAGUUGUUUUGAGAAGAAAAUCACUGGCAAAGUGCGUACCUUCGAGGCAUAACUACAUUGGUUAAAGUCGAGCUAGGACUCCUCCAUCUCCGCACGUGCAAAUCGUGAAAACAUUUAACCAAUGUAGCAGUUUUCCACAAAAAAAUUUCUCCUGCUGAUUAAGCGCAAGAUGAGUGUUGUUAACCAGCGGAGAAAAAGUCACUGCCACUGAAGGUGUGACAACUGAAAGGACGAGAGGAGAACGCUUAUCGAAUCGAGGACAAGACCGAGUAUAUAGAAUAUAAGAGUACAAGGCAGCCAUCCACUUCGGCUGAUACACAGAGGCGAUACGUCGGAAGUGAGUGACUCCUGAAAGUAGGGAAAAACCACGAGUCAGCGGGCGGGUGCUGCCCACAUGUGAACCAUCCGAUAAUUCCUAGAGGCAAUAAUGGCCAAAACAGUGAUUUUAGUGAUUUCCCGACCCCUACUGGUGCUAACCGCGUGGUUUCUGCUCGGCUACACUACCCAAGCACAAUCAACCGGCAAUGCCACGAUAACAAUAACAUCUCCAUUAUCCUCUUCAUCGUCAUCAUUUUCACUAUCCCCGCAACUACCACCGGAACCGAGGCUGCGAUUUCUUCGACCGUCCUUCACUCGCACCGAACUGAAGGUGUCCCGAAGCCUCGACGCGGACAAUGUACAGAAGCUGAACGUUCGCUCUAACAACGGUCGUAUGGUAGAAAUAAUCGUCAAGAAGCAACAAGACGACAGAAAUAAUAAUUUGAGGGGAACUCAAGUGCCACAGAAUAGCAGACCUGCCGCUUCCGAUGGGUAUCGGGUCGCAAGUGAUAACUCCCCCGAAUCUGUGAACAUAAUCAAUGCCUUCCUGGAGCAUGUCAAUCGAAUCGAGAGACCGGCACGAUUUUAUGAAGAUGAAAGUUCGAUCAAGAAUGAUCGUCGACCAGUACGGAUUGCGGUCAGUAGUCGUCCAGUGGAUGAAAAUGCAUCGGCAAGUAUUCCCGCUCCCGUUGUUAUCAAUUCGGAUGCAGUUUAUAUGAAAGAUAAUCUGUUCGGCAGCAAAAAUAAGAAAAAAGCUAGAUCUCUGCAGGAAAUCGGAGCGGACGGAAUUCCGGUUGUUCAUGGGAUUCGAGUUCCAGAUGAUGAAGCAGAUAAAAAGCAGGUGUGGCGAAAUGCUCGUGUAAUUAACGGUGAACUGGUACCGUACGAAAAAGGUCACAUGCCAAAAAAGAUGGAAGGUACCGGGGAUGCUUAUGGACAGUUGAUAUUUGCCCGUCCAUCCGGUGGUGAAAUGGGUCGACGACGAAGCAUCGGUCCAUUCACGACCGCUGACAACUUUCCACUGGACGACAAGCCGAAAAGUUUCGGUCCAUUUAGCGUCGAGGACAAUUUGCGAUCCAGUGUGCGAGUCAACGAUGCGGAACCACUGCAUUUGAUGAGAGUGCCAACGAACAUUGGACCCUUUUCACGAGCCGAUAAUUCGCGCGUGUCCAACGCGAAGUUGAUUGAGUACAUCAAAAAGAUCAAUGAUCAGGAAAGUAGAAAGCACUACUACCUCGCGCGGACCCCAAACAAAGAAAUCUUCGCCGAGCAGCCAAAGAUCCAACGAAGAAUGCUUCAGAAUCCGGGAAAUCCGGUUUAUCCGGUGUCUAAGUUGUACUCUAUUCCCGGUUCGAAUCAGCAGCAAAGCGAAUUGGAAGAUUCUAGAAAACCCGUGCUUCAAUAUGCACAUCCGGAGCUGGGCGUGCAACCGGCGAAGUUUGUUCCACCGGAGAACAAACCAACUCCGAAGGCUACGAAAAAGAUCAUCAACGUAGAGUUUGCUAAGCACAACGAUCAUUCUCCUUUUGCAAUUGAACCGGCGAUGUUAGGCAAAGAAUAUUACGAUCACCCACCCGGGGUAAAGUUUCCCACGAAAACGCCCUACGACGAAUUGUACCAACCGGUCAAAAUGCCAGCCACCUAUCCGUACACCUACGGAUUCAUUCGUCGUGUAAAACCCGAACGACCGCUCUGGAUGAAGCUGACCGAGAAGGUAAAAGAUAGUUUUCAAACCGGAAUCCACACCGUGCACGAAUUCACCAAACCAGUGCUGGACCCGCUUGUCGAAGCCGGUCACAAAAUCUCCAAGAACCUGGGAUUUGUUAAAAAGCAUCAUGAAGCUAAGGACAAAGCUGAUCUGGUGGUGGCACCAGCUACAAGUUCAAUUGUUCUGCCGGCUCUAGGAAUGCUCGCCGGUGGAGCCGCACUGGGACUCGGUGCCGUUGCCGUUGGUCGGUUCUUUGAUCUGGAUAUGCUACGACGAUCCGGGGAACAGCUUGUUAUGGAAUUAGAUGAUCUGCAGCACAAACGAGCAAUGGAAGGAAUCGAGUCGCGUCCGGAUAAAUACUAUCUGUUCGUUCCGUCGACUGCCGUUACCCGAAUGGAACCGGUGCAAAAUAGGAUGGAAUCACGUCGAUCGAAACGUUCAGUGGAUGAUAGCUAUCAGCUGUUGGAUGACAGUGAACAGGACAAUGACAUUUUUCGAAACGAUAAAUUCGACGAUCAGGGGGACGUAAUUGAAAUAAUUGACCUACAUGUACCGGAGAGAGGUGAUGGGUCAACCGAUGACAAUAUCCAACUUCUAGACGGCACCGAUGGGGUGAUUAGUAACCGACGAAAGCGAGCAAUCGAGGGUCUUGAUGAUGGUCCAAACCAAAUGCUGCAAGACGUUGAACGUGAUCUUCCUCGUCCAUCGCGGGUAGCAUUCGAACAGCAACUUAAGCAGACCGAUUGGAAGAAUCCUUCCUGUGCCAAAAGAACCUUCUGCCUCGUCAUGGUCCAGCAGGGUGCCGACGACGUGGUACUGAUGGAGAAAAAAAUGUACACCAUGCUGGAGAUGAUGCAUCCAACGCUGGGAGCUACUCUGACCAAUCACCUAUCGGAGGUAACCGAUGCCAUCCGGCAGCACGACUGCGAGCGAUUUGUGUGUCAUCCGCGAGCGUAACGAGCGUCGCACGAAAUCGCUACCAAAUCGCCGGCUGGCGAAGAGAAAGGAGAAUAAACCCCAUCGAAACAACAGCGGUUAGAAGAGUGGUUAGGCAAUUACCGAUUAGGAAGUUUUUAGGGUAAAAAUCCGUACUACUGCGUAAGUGUUGAUUUCAGAAGGUAGCGCCAGUUUUUAUGCAACUAUCGCAGAUAUGGCGCAACGAAGGAAGCCAAGACCUGACUAUCACUGUAUUUGAAAUGCCAAAGGAUGAUUAGGAAGCGGGAAGGGGAAACGAAAUUUCCAUUUAACUUUAGAUUCGAGACAGUAUCAUACGUUGUAGUGCCUUUAGUAUACCUAAAUUAGUGAAGCGCAGCCGACCUGGAACUCGUGUUGACUUAGGAUUAUGAAGUAAUAUAAAACUAGCUAACUUAUUUGCGUGGCGACCGUUUUCCUCUGCUAAUGAGGGAGGAGAAAAAGAAAGUGACAAAAUGACAAAUCUCGCAUAUUUAUUUCGAUUUUACCUAAAUUAUGUAAACGAUUAUUUAAUUCAUAACUUAUUGACGGGGGCUCGUUUGAUGUGCGACCUUUCAAUUACGGACUGACCAGUGCACAAAUCCGUUGAGCACCUUUAUCGGAAUGGGGAAUGGCACAUUUUGUCACGAUGUGGACACAGACGGACGGACACGUUCCGAGACCAACAGAGACAACUUUGAGAGUUCUUGGCUGCUAAAUAGGUAUGUUGUAGGACGUACGAUCAUUAGCAAAUAAUAGAAAUAGUUUACUAUACGCAUAAAUAUAUGUAAUCUUGUUUACAAUAGAGAAAAAGAUAGAAUACUAUUGUGAUAAGAAAAAUGACAGG